CAUAAAUAUACAACUUUCAUUCGUGUGACAGUGACGCGGUAGGCGGCAGUCAAGUACAAUCGUUCGUAGUGAUUAUAUUAUACUCUCUGCAAUCGUUUACGAAAAUGUCUAGUUCUUCACGGAGAAAAUGUUUAAGGAGACAGACUCGAGAAACCAUUGCUAAGGUGUACGAAUUUCUGAAAAAAGACGCGAGAGAUAUAUUAGAACUAGUAAGUGAUUCAGUAUACAGUGCAAGUCCAGUUUUAAUAUCGAAAUUAAGUGAACAUUUAAAUAUCGUACGGAAAAGAACAGCAAUGGCAGUGGGGGUAUCAGAGAGAACAAUUACUACUAUAUUGGCUGAAGGAAAAGAAUCUGACUUUAAAUCUCCGCAUAAAGAUCGUAAAAAACGUUUAAAUAAGUUAGAAUUAGACAACUUUAACGUUGAUGUUAUACGUUCCACUAUUCAAAAUUACCAUUUAGAACAUCGCGAGUUACCUACCUUGCCAAAGUUGAAAAGAAUAUUUCAAGAUAAACUUAACUAUGAUGGAGGUAUUUCGACUCUGCGGACGGCUUUGUUAAAGUUGGGAUACAAAUGGCGAAAAACUGUGGAUAACAGACGUGUUAUUCUAGAGCGGCAUGACAUCCAAAAACUACGAUUUUCCUACCUAAAAAAAUUACUCAAAUACCGUGAAGAAAAUCGGUGUAUCGUAUAUACAGGUGAGAGCUAUAUCUUAACUAAUCAUGUGAAAAACAAAGGAUGGGGUAACAAAGAUGGGCCACCUUUAAAGAGAAACCUGUCGAAAGGACAGAGAAUUAUCAUUGUGCAUGCUGGUUCAGAACGCGGUUUCGUACCUAACGCACUAUUGACAUACAAAGCAAAUUGUGUUACUGGUGAUUACCACUCUGACAUCAACGCAGAAAACUACGAAAAGUGGCUAAAAGAACGUCUAGUACCGAAUCUUCCACCUGACUCUGUGGUUGUGCUUGGUAAUGCCUCAUACCAUAAUGUUCAGAAUGACAGAGCCCCAAAUUCUAAUUCUGAAAAAAUAGAAAUGCAGAGAUGGCUGACAGAAAAAAAUAUAGCUUUUGAGCAAGAUAUGAAAAAAAUUGAACUUUAUGAUUUGAUAAAAAAAAAUAAAGAAAAAUAUAUCUCUUACAAGGUUGACGACAUACUUCAGCCAUAUGGCAUAAAAGUUAUUCGAUUGCCACCAUAUCAUCCUGAAUUAAACCCCAUAGAAGAUGUGUGGGGAAUUUUAAAUAAUUAUAUUGCUUCGCAUAAUGUCGACCAGAAUGUGACGGAAAUAAUGAAACUCAUAAAUGAAAGUUUAAGUCAAAUUGAUGAAGGGGUGUGGUCUAAUACUUGUCGACAUAUUCGCUACUCUCACCAAGGCUAA